GGUCAACGCUCCCCGUUCGCCUACGCCACACCCCCGUUGCCGUGCGCACCCACGCUUCAUGGGCGCGUCCGCGGGCGCCCCACGCCGUCGCCGCACAAAUGCCUCCGCUCCCGCCGCGCGCGCUCGCGUUCCUGGGCUUGGUUCUCGCCGCCGCCGCCCUCUUCGCCCGCGGCGCGGAGGCGGGGCCGCUGGCGACGGAGCUCGUGCGGCCCAGCUUCGUCGCCUCUAACAUCCUGUACGUCGACACCGGCGGCGCGUUCCUGGAGUCCAGGAGCGGCGCGUUCAGGGCCGCCGUGGUCAACCCCGGGAAGCAGCAGGACAGGUUCUACCUCGCCGUCCUGCACGCCCCGUCCGCCACGCUGGUCUGGUCGGCAAACCGCGGCGCGCCGACGACGUCGUCCGGAUCGGUCAAGCUCACCGCUCAGGGGCUCACCGUGUCGGACCCCAAUGGGACGGUGCUGUGGUCCACGCCGGCGCAGCUGGGGGCGCCCGUCGCGGCGCUGCGGCUGCAGGACAGCGGCAACCUGCAGCUGCUGGGCGCCGGGAACGCCACGCUGUGGCAGUCGUUCGAUGCCGCCACCGACACGCUGCUCCCGGGGCAGCAGCUGCGCGCCGGCGCGUACCUGGCGGCGGCGGCGGGCGCCACCGAACUCGCGGAGGGGGACUACCGGCUCGCCGUGACGGCUGCGGACGUGGUGCUGACCUGGCAGGGUUCCACGUACUGGCGGCUGUCGAACGACCUCUGGUCCUACAAGGACCGCAACGUCGCAGUGGCGUCCGUGUCCGUGAACGCGUCGGGGCUGUUCGCGGUUGCCGCCGACGGCGGCCUCGUGUUCCGCGUGGACCUCGCGGCCGGAGCGUUCCCCGUGCUGAAGCUGGGAAACGACGGCCGGCUGCGCAUCAGGGUCUACCCGCUGGUGAACUCCUCGGCGUCGCUCGGAGGCGACUUCGUGGCGCCGGCCAACGACUGCGACCUGCCGCUGCAGUGCCCGCCCCUGGGGCUCUGCUCGCCGGCCGGCAACAGCUCGACCUGCACAUGCCCACCACUCUUCGCGGCCUCCGCGUCGACCCCCGGCUCGUGCAUACCGGGGGACGGCUCGGCGCUCGCGUCGCCGGCCUCGUGCCAGAGCACCAACAGCACCGCGCCCGUUUCCUACCUCGCCCUCAAGUCUCAGGCUGCCUACUUCGCCACCAAGUUCGAUCCCCCGACCAUGGCCGGCGUCAACUACACGGCGUGCCGCGGCCUCUGCACCGGGAUCUGCGCCUGCCUCGCCUACUUCUACGACAGCUCCUCCCGGAGCUGCUACCUGGUCCGAGAAAAGCAGCUCGGCUCGCUGUACCUGAGCUCGUCUGCCUCAGCCUUGGGAUACAUCAAGACGGUCCCUCAGCCGCAGAAUGGUACAAGGAGCAAUUCAAAAUCGUCGGCGAACCGCACCGUCCCAAUCGUCUUGCCAUCCAUCGCGGCGUUCCUCCUUGUCGCCGUGAUCGCGUGGUACGCGUGUUGGAGGAAAAUGAGGAAGAACGGCAAGAAAAAGAAGGGGAAGAGCACCGGCGUGAAGCAGAUGAACACAGGCCGGAAAAAGCCACCGUCGUGGGAAACGGGUAAUGCCGACGCGGAUGACGACGAGAACGACGACGACGUCGUCGUACCGGGCAUGCCGACGCGGUUUAGCUACGCGGAGAUUGCGACCAUGACCGGCAACUUCGAGACCAAAAUCGGCUCCGGCGGGUUCGGCUCUGUGUACAAAGGGGAACUCCCCGGCGGCGAGGGGCUCGUCGCGGUGAAGAAGCUCGAGGCCGUCGGCGUGCAGGCCAAGCGGGAGUUCUGCACCGAGAUCACGGUCAUCGGCAGCAUCCGGCACGUCAAUCUCGUCCGCCUCCGCGGCUUCUGCGCGGAGGGCUCUCGCCGGCUGCUCGUCUACGAGUACAUGAACCGGGGCUCUCUUGACCGGUCGCUGUUCGGACGCACGGGGCCAGUGUUGGAGUGGGGGGAGCGCAUGGAGGUGGCGCUCGGCGCGGCCCGCGGCCUAGCGUACCUGCACUCGGGGUGCGACCAGAAGAUCGUGCACUGCGACGUGAAGCCGGAGAACAUCCUGCUGGCCGACGGCGGGCAGGUCAAGAUCGCCGACUUCGGCCUCGCCAAGCUGAUGGCGCCGGAGCAGUCGGCGCUGUUCACCACGAUGCGCGGCACCCGCGGGUACCUCGCGCCGGAGUGGCUCAGCAACGCCGCCAUCUCGGACCGCGCCGACGUGUACAGCUUCGGAAUGGUGCUGCUGGAGCUGAUACACGGGAGGAAGAACCGGGGCGAGCAGACCGACAACAAUGUCGCCAUCGUCGGCAGCGGCGAGGAGAUGUCGGACUGGCCGUCCGGAUGGAGCAGCGCGGCGGCAGCGUCGACGCCGAGCGGUGCCAGCGGCAGUGGCGAAGAGUACUUCCCGAUGGUGGCGCUGGAGCUCCACGAGCAGGGGAGGCACCUGGACAUCGUCGACGCGAGGCUGGAAGGCCGCGUGGACGAGGCCGAGGCCGCGCGCGCCGUGCGCAUCGCGCUGUCCUGCCUGCACGAGGACCCCGCCCAGCGGCCCAGCAUGGCCGCCGUGGUGCGGAUGCUGGAAGGCACCGUGUCCCCACCGGAGCCGCGUGUCGAGGCGCUCGGGUUCCUCCGCCUCUACGGCAGGGGCUACGCCGCCCCGACCAGCUCCCUGGUCGCCAUGGCCGGAACGUCGGGCUCAGCGGGCACGCCGUCGUCGACGGCCGGCGCCUCGCAGCUGACCGACUCGCUGCAGGACGUGUCAGCGCCAAGAUAGCAGCACUAGAUUCAGCUCCUGCGACGUGGCACGGAUCAGAGGCUGCAUCGAUCUCGAUCAUGGCGCUGACGUGGCGCCGGACUAGUGUGCUUGGUCACGGCGAUGACAUACCAGCUAAUUUUUUAGAAGGGAGGGACACGACAGGUACAACAGCACAGAAGAAUGGUCGUAACAGAGAAUAAACUAAUUGACAGUGGGAUUAAACUAAGAUUAGGUAUGCUGUCGGUGGCUUGCGGUGCCGACCUCCGAUUAUUGUAUACUUUGCUUAGGAUGCAUUUGCUUAGUACAAUUGUUUGGCGACAUGGAGAAGGUCGGUCGAUGUAGAGAUGUAUAUAAUCGGUGAAGAAAAAACAAAGAA